GCAGGGCGGCCAUGGCGGGCGUGCUGGGGGUGCUGGGCCCCAUGAGGGCGGCGCGGACCGGCCUUUGGGCCCAACGUCUCCAAAUCUUUACCAAGCCGAGUCCUGGCUGCUGCGCUCCUGCAUCCUCCUCCUCCUCCUCGUCUUCAGCGCCGGCGGUCAAACUCUUCAUCGACGGCAAAUUCGUCGAGUCCAAAAGCGACCGAUGGAUCGAUAUCCACAAUCCCGCCACCAACGAGGCGAUCGGGCGCGUGCCCCUGGCCACCCGGGAGGAAAUGGAGGCCGCCGUCACCUCCUGCCGCCGAGCCGCGGCCUCGUGGGCUGAGACGUCCGUCCUGAGCCGCCAGCAGGUCCUGCUCCGCUACCAGCAGCUCAUCAAGGAGAACUCGAAAGAAGUCGCGAAGCUCAUCACCCUGGAGCAAGGGAAGACCUUGGCGGACGCCGAGGGCGACGUGUUCCGAGGACUCCAGGUGGUGGAACACGCCUGCAGCGUCACGUCCCUCAUGUUGGGCGAAACCAUGCCGUCCAUCACCAAGGACAUGGACACGUGGACGUACCGGCUGCCCCUGGGCGUGUGCGCCGGGAUCGCCCCCUUCAAUUUCCCGGCCAUGAUCCCCCUCUGGAUGUUCCCCGUGGCCCUGGUGUGCGGGAAUACCUUCCUCAUGAAGCCGUCCGAGCGCGUCCCCGGGGCCACCAUGCUCCUGGCCAAGCUGCUCCGGGAUUCCGGAGCGCCGGACGGGACGCUCAACGUCAUCCACGGACAACACGAAGCCGUGAAUUUCAUCUGCGACCACCCGGAGAUCAAAGCCAUCAGCUUCGUGGGCUCCAACCAGGCCGGCGAGUACAUCUACGAGCGAGGAUCCCGGAACGGGAAGAGAGUCCAAGCCAACAUGGGAGCCAAGAACCACGGCGUGGUCAUGCCCGACGCCAACAAGGAGAACACCCUGAACCAGCUGGUGGGAGCGGCCUUCGGGGCGGCCGGCCAGCGCUGCAUGGCUCUGUCCACCGCCGUCCUCGUCGGGGAAGCCAAAAACUGGCUACCCGACCUGGUGGAGAAAGCCAAAAAACUCCGCGUCGAUGCCGGUGACCGGCCCGGGGCCGACCUGGGGCCCCUGAUCAGCCCGCAGGCCAAGGAGCGGGUGUGUCGCUUAAUCGAGAGCGGGACCCAGGAAGGCGCCUCCGUCCUCCUGGACGGACGGAAGAUCCAAGUCGAGGGCUACGAGGAGGGCAACUUCGUCGGCCCCACCAUCAUCUCCGAGGUCAAGCCGAACAUGACCUGCUACAGAGAGGAGAUUUUCGGGCCGGUCCUGGUGGUCCUUGAGGCGGAUUCCCUGGACGAAGCCAUCCAGCUGGUGAAUGGGAAUCCCUACGGAAACGGGACGGCCAUCUUCACCACCAACGGAGCCACGGCUAGGAAAUUUUCCCACCUGGUGGACGUGGGGCAGGUGGGGGUGAACGUACCCAUUCCCGUUCCUUUGCCGAUGUUCUCUUUCACCGGCUCCCGUUCGUCCUUCAGAGGAGACACCAAUUUCUACGGGAAACAGGGCAUCCAGUUUUACACCCAGCUGAAGACCAUCAUCUCUCAGUGGAAAGAGGAAGACGCCACGGUCACCUCUCCCGCCGUCGUCAUGCCAACCAUGGGUCACUGAGCCCCGCCCGAUCCCGGCUCACUCCGUCCCAAGCCACCCUCCCUCUUCUCUUCUCCAUCCCUCCCCCGGAGCUCGUCCAGGUUCUCCUGAAUCCUCCGGGGUCCCCCGAGCCUGGGAAUCCCCGACCCCGGAUUCACCAAUCCUCCCCGUGAAGUCAAAAUGGGAGACGGAGGUGGAGGGAGUCACGGGUCACCCUCCCUCACCGCCAUCCCCCCUUUGACAGCCGUCGCUCUCCCGUUUCCUCUCCCGGCACAUCGGCAUCGCUCAAGGAGAUCGUCCCCUCUCACCCCCCACCCCAAACCCCCGGGGCUUUUGUUAAACACCCUCCGCCUUAAGCACGUAGCUCAGGAAUCAGUUUGGGGAGUCCUGUCGUUAGACCCAAGGAGCGAUUUUAAUUAUUCCCCCCGCCGUGGGAUGGAACCAGCCUCAUCGCUUCUCUUCGCCCGCUCUUCGGGCGAGAAACCCUCCCUCCCGCCGGCGUCAGCGAUUCGCUCCUCUCCUUCCCCUUCCAGUUCUUCGUUUCGGCCCGGGAGAAAUUUCCAUUUCCAGGGCCCGGUAGGCCUGUCUUGGCCGCGUGGCUUUUCGGUGCCAACUCGGGGAUUCGGCCUUUUUCUAUUUCGGUGCUUCCCUGGCCCCCUCUGAAGGUAGGCCCCCAUCUUUUCGAGAACGUGUCCCCCUCCCUUUCCGUCCUCCUCACCCCGGAUGAAUCCUGCCGUCGGGGCAUCCUGGCUGGAGAAUUAGGAGGAAAAUUAGGAGGGUCCCCAGACCCGGCUUAGCCCAAACUUCGGAUUGGCGAUUUUUCUCUCUGCUGAUUUAACAGGGACCCCGCUUCACGGGCGAACUAAGCGGGGAAGCGGAUCAGGCUCUCUUGAGAGACCAAGGCCUGGUUUGGCCCUCUGAGCGUCAGGACGGCGAGCCUUCCUCGGUGUCUCCCGACCACCGGCUCACGCCCACCGAAAUGCCUUCACGUGAUCGUGCCGGAGCAGAACGUUUCCAUGCCGUCCGGUUGCCCCUGAGUUUCCCUGGGGAACUUUUGCGGGUGGCCAUGAUGUUCCCGCCAGGCCUUUCCAGGCGUCUCUCGGGCAGGGUGAGAGGAGAAGGCCCCGGUGACGGGAAUUCGGGAAGGGCGUGCUUAAUUCCCACCGAUUCAUCACAACGUGUUCCCUCAAUCGACUACUCCUCUGGUGGCCCUGAUCCGAAGCGGCACGAAAACAAUCCCAACUCUUUUCCUCCACCCGCUCGGUGUGAUUAUGGAUGACGGUUGAAAAUAAACUUCCUAACAAGCCA